AUGAUAUUGAAUUUAAUAACUAAGUGCAACAAAGGCAAUGGCAUUUCCAGUGUUAUGGCUUCUUCACCCUUAACCAGAUUAUUAUUAUCUAAGAGCAACAUAAUUUUAAAAAAAAAUAAAAUUAAUACUAUUAAUGUUGCUAAAUGUAGAUUAUCUACCUUAAGCAAAAUAAAGUAUAAUUAUAGCAGCUCUAACAAUGAUAAAUUUAACCAAUAUGGUAGAAAUACUAAAAAAAUUUUAUUCUUUGGCAGUAUCCCACUGGUUUCGUUGGCCUGUCUAGCAACUGCUGAUGAUAAUGGGUCCUUCUUUUCUUUGAUUAAACCGCAAGUUUUGCACAAUGAUACGUUAUCUACUCCUGCUAUCAGUAAUCAUAGUAAUAAUAAUGAAGAGUUAUUGUUAACCUCAGAGCAAAGAAAAAGAAGGGUUUUUUAUAGACAGUUAUGUGUUGGAUCAAUUUUGGGUUUAAUAACAGGUAUAAUUGUGGGUAAAUUAAGUGGUGUUAUUAUUUGGGUAUUUAUGAGUAGUUGUUUAUUUAUCCAAUUUUUGGUAAGCAGAGGCGUUCUAUCCAGAAACACUUCGUUAUUGAGUGUUUCAGGAUUAAAUACUACUGACUUUACCUACAAUUAUUGUAACACCGGAACAUCUACUAUUACAAGUCAAUUGAAGACUAGUUUGCAUAAGAUUUUUGGUUAUUUGAUGGAAAAUCCUGUUUUCAAAGCUUCUUUUAUUUUGUCGUUUGGUUUAGCAUCAGUUAACAUCUGA